AUGUACUCUUGUGAAAUUUAUCGUGUCUGCAAGGCGAAAGCUAACGUGCUGAGGCUCCAUCAUUGUCACGAAACAACAACUCUCACUCUAUUUGGCCCUUUGUUUUUAUUUAUUUACCUCGCGUAUGCAACCAUCACGCGUGUCGAGCACUGCCAUCGUCUUAUGCCCGUGGCUGAGAAGCUCCAGCGGCUGCAGCGUGCGGUGGACGUGAACGAUGGCCACAUACAGCGGCUGCGGAAUGAACUGCGGCUACUUGACGUCACUGUAGAAGCCAGGCGCGAGUCCGACAGGCAAUACACCGCACAAAUGCAGGCGGAAAUACGUCGACUGGAGUUGGACAUCGCCGCCAUAGAAAGGCUCCGGCGCCCCGCCGCCGCAAAGCACCUCGUAUCGUCACCACCACCACUGUUGUUGCCAACGUUGCCGCGCCCGCUCGCCGUGCCACGGGACCGUUUGGAGAGCGCCGUGGCAGAUCUGGAGCAGCAGAGCGAACGACUGGCCAGCUUGCGGGUCCAACGGCAAGUACUUGAAGAGUUGUUGCGCCACGCUGUGUCACACUACCCGCAGUAUAAUAUCCCCGACCUUUUUGACACCCGAAAUGAGUUGGAGCGUAUUGCGCUGGAGAGGGUCAUGAAUGCCGCGUGA